UCUGCUCAGAGAAAGCGACUUGAAACCCAACAACAUAUUUUAUGACGAACUAGCUAGCAUUUUUUGACUAAAAGCAUCUCCUUUUACUGCUUUUUCUCCAGUAUGUUACACAUUGCUCUUUAUUCAUCGGCAUUUUCCUGUUCCACGACACCCCUCCUCCUCGAGCUCUACCUUGUUAAAAGCCAGGCCAGAGAAUAAAAUGGAUGUAUGACCAGCUCAAACGGAGAGAAGAGAAAGCAAGAAAGAGUCUUCCUAUAACUUGUUUCUGCCAAGGAACAGGAGCCUAAGGACAGCCGGCAAGAAUACAAGUUGUGUCAUGAUGUUGGAGGCACAGGAGAUAGGAGCUCCAGGUACAGAGGGUAACAAGCCAGAGCUCCCAGCUGUACACACGUCCAGUAAUAUUCAACAGGUAGAAAGUGGAGCAUCCGUCUCUUCGCCCGUGGCCUCAAUUCAAACUCCUGCCACCACAGCAACGGAGGAUGAGGAUGAGAGUGAAGAUGAGUUUGACAUUCUGGAAGAGAGUCCCUGCGGCCGCUGGCAGAAACGCAGAGAGGAGGUGAAUCAGCGUAAUGUCCCAGGGAUAGAUGAUGCAUACUUGGCCAUGGACACAGAGGAAGGGGUAGAGGUAGUAUGGAAUGAAGUCAUGAUCUCCGAGAGGAAGAACUUCAAACUGCUUGAGGAGAAAGUGAAGGCAGUAUUUGAUAACCUGAUCCAUUUGGAACAUGCGAAUAUCGUCAAGUUUCACAAGUACUGGGCUGACACAAAAGAGAACCGGGCGAGGGUGAUUUUCAUUACUGAAUAUAUGUCAUCAGGAAGCUUGAAACAGUUUCUGAAGAAGACAAAGAAGAAUCAUAAAACCAUGAAUGAAAAGGCUUGGAAGAGAUGGUGCACACAGAUCCUGUCUGCUCUCAGUUAUCUCCACUCAUGUGACCCUCCCAUCAUCCAUGGAAACCUGACCUGUGACACCAUCUUCAUCCAACACAACGGACUCAUCAAGAUUGGAUCAGUGGCCCCAGACACCAUCAACAACCACGUGAAGACUUGUCAUGAGGAACAGAAGAACUUGCACUUCUUUGCCCCAGAAUAUGGAGCUGUUGAUGUCACCACGGCUGUAGACAUCUACUCGUUUGGCAUGUGUGCCUUAGAGAUGGCUCUCUUGGAAAUCCAUGGUAAUGGAGAGUCUUCUUUAGUUUCUCAGGAGGCCAUCAACAAUGCUAUACAGUUACUGGAGGACCCACUGCAGAGGGAGUUAAUCCAGAAGUGCCUUGAGUGUGAUCCCUGUACAAGGCCUACAGCCCGAGAGCUGCUGUUCAACCAAGCUCUGUUUGAAGUGCCGCUGCUAAAACUGCUGGCUGCACAUUGUAUUGUCAGCCACCACCACAUGAUUCCUGAGAAUGCCCUGGAGGAGAUCAUGAAGAACCUGGACCCCGACAUGGUCGUCGCUGAGAAGAAAGAGGAUGUUCAGCUCAAGCUUUCACAGUUUCCUGCCUUGGAGCUUGAUAAAUUCCUGGAGGAUGUGAGGAACGGUAUUUAUCCGAUGACAGCGUUCGGGCUGCCCUGUCCUCAGCAGCCUCAACAGGAGACUGUUACAUCUCCCAUUGUUGUCCCCUUGGUCAAAUCCCCCACCCCCGAACCUGCAGAGCUCGAGACACGACGGGUCAUUCAUAUGCAGUGUAACGUUGAAUCUGUCGAGGAGGGAGCAAAGUACCAUCUGACAUUACUGCUGAAGCUGGAGGAUAAACUGAAUAGACAUCUAAGCUGUGACAUGUUACCUCAUGAGAAUGUUCAAGAGAUGGCUGAAGAGUUGGUGCAGCUGGGCUUAAUCAGUGAGGUGGACCAAAACAAAAUAGCCUCUCUACUAGAAGAAUCAUUCAGCCAAGCUCUUCACUAGCAACGGUUUCCUCAACUCUGUUACUGUCUCAUACGUACACUCUCUCAACCCUGUUACAUGUUCUUUUUGGUUAUUCAACUCAGUGACUAUAUUUAGUGGGUUUUUUUUUUUUAAAUGUCUUUUCUACUAAGCCAUCGGUGGUAAUGUGACCAAAAGGGUGGGGUUGUUCCUCUGCAUCAGGGAUUAAAACUUCCAAAAGCAGAGAAAACCUUUGAUGUAAAGCAUUUAUCCAGGAGUAACUCCAGAAAAGCCACCUGGAUUGAUUUAAUGUUUUUUUUUAUUAUUGUAAAAGUCAAAAUAUACAUAAAUAUGUGUGUAAUUCUUUUGAAUGCGUUGGCUGUUAAGAUCAUUAAUGCUGCAUCAGGCAGUUGAUCACAACAGUACCGACACAAUUACUUACAGCUUUACUUUUUUUAAACCACUUUUUUUCCCUCAAGUCCCAGUUGUAUUUUAUUGUGAGGUGUUAUGUAACCUUUUUGUUUUCGGAUGAAACGGCUCCAUUUGGUUUUGCCUCAUAUGAACAUGAAAUAUAUGAACAUUCCCUUUGACGUUCAUGUCUUUGGCCAUCCUGUCACCAGCAGGUUAAAUAUAUGUAACAGUUUAAAAACUGACUAAUAAUUGACUUUAUUAUAGACAAAUACACAUGAUAUAUAUAUUUUUUAAAAGCCUUCGAUACAGAACAAAAUGUAUGUGCACAACUGCAUAGCACAUUUUGGGCAGGCAUCAUGGCAGCUCUCUGGAUAAUGGUUACUUGGUUACUUUUGAGGUACUGUGAACUCAGUGUUACUGAAUUUGUGUUUGUGUGUUUUUUUCUAUGUUUCACUCUACUGUUUGCCUUAUGCUGGGCCUACGCACAUGCCUUAAAGUCCUCUUUUCUCUGUUUUGUUUUUAUUAUUUUAUUCAUUGUUUAACCAUUAGCUGCUUAUUGUGUUCACACAUGCUUCUCUUCCUGUAAAAUCCAUUCAUGUGAAACUUGUGUACUGAACUCCCCUGCCAUAUGCUGUAGAAAGAGGACCUCGCCUUUUCCUGACACAUCUGUGUGAGAGCCUCAUAUGUUUUAUUUAUGUUUAAGACACUGUAUAGCGUGUGUUUUUCUUCACUUCCCUUUUGUUUACUGUGAUUUCACACAGAGACCACAUUGUUGAGCGUCUGAGCCAAAACACAACGCUUCUUGUUUCUAUUGUUAUUGUUUUCUUUUGAUCAUCAUUUGAUAAGAUUGGGACCUCGGGGGUUGACAUUAUCCUUCAGAGCGCAGAGGCUCCAACAUUUGAAAUCAAAAAUGUCUUUCUUAGACUUGUAUUGAGAUCAGGGAGUUGCCUGUGGCCUUUUAUUUUGGGACUUUUUGUGGCCGACUGGUACUACGGUCUCUGAAAGCUCAUACAGUUCAGGAACUUAAACAAGCAGGAAGGAUGCAAAGAAAAUAUCACAUUCUCAGUAGGUAUAGAAAAAACGGCAGUUACAAAACUAUUAGAUAUAAUAACUUACCAUUUUUCUGGCAUUUUAUUGAGACUACUUGAAGUGUCUUAUAAUUACAGUACCAGUUUAAUUGAAGAAUACCGUAUUAACUUGCAGACAUUACUCUUUUUCUGGUUGAUUAGUUAUGAUGUUAAAAUGGUCACAUCACCAAUGAGAUCAUAUUAAUCCAAUGAUCUUCACUCAUAGUUCUGAAGUAUUUUUUUUAUAUGUAGUCAGGCUACUAAUGUUCUCCAGUCUGCAUGUUUGCUUUUCAUACAUGUGCAGUCCAUCUUGAUGUUUAUUUUGUUUUGUAUUUGUGAACUGCUAAGAUUGUAUAUUCCAAAGAUUUGUCUUAAAGUCAGCCAAGAGAAUGUAAAUGCACUUCUUGUAUAGAGAAGUGUUGAAAACCAACCAAUGUGAUCACGACACCAGCUUUAUACUCUCUCUCGCUCUCUGUCUGUCUCUCUCUCUCUCUCUCUGUCAAUGUUUACUAUAUUUUCCAUCCAAAUUAUUGGUGGUGUUGAAACUGGUUAUUAAAUAAUCAUACAGGGUGGGCAGCUUGUGCCCGUAACUCGAGGAUGUGAGCUUUUGGUAAUAUUUGUAUAUUCUUCUAUUUUGUAUAUGUAGUGUCAGUAAAUGUGUGUGUCUUUUCUGAGACGUGUAUCCUGACAGAAUCUGCUAAGUAUGACUAUUGUUUCAAAUAAAUGUGUGAAAUGCU